GGAGGGAUGUCCCAUCCAUCCCUCUAUCUGUCCCUCCAUCUAUCUAUCCCUCCAUCUAUCGUCAGGCAGAUAUCGUCCCAGAUCUUCACUUCCCACCUUCGAGCCUUCCACCUGAUCUACUCUUGCCUCGCCCUCUCUCUUGGCAUCAUCACCUUGAUCCUUCCUCGACGACUUGAUCAUCGCUCUCCAUCGCCCUGUCAUCUAUCUAUCGUCGGCAAUGGCUCAGCUUGUGGGAAUCGUGUGGACUCUGCUGGUCGCCCUGUCCCUGGUGGCCAGUCAGCCCUCUGCAAACAAGACGCCUGUGGUUUCCUACAGCACAUUCAGCCUGGUGAGUGAUGGUGCCGCCAACGACCAGCCGCGCGUCCGUGCCCUCAGCAGUCUGCCACCGCGUCCAGCUGGUGCAGCUGGCAUCCACCGCAUCAUCGUCAAGCUCAAGCACCCACACACCGAGGGCCUUGCCCGCGCAGAGACCAUCUCGAGGGCACUGCAGGCCUCCCUGUCAGCCGAGACCACCGUGCACACGGCUGAGACGACGGUCCACCACCUCAACAGCUUGUCCAUGGACGUGGUGGAUCUGCCGCUAGGUGUCGAUGCAGCGGCCACAUGCGAGGCUGCCCUCCUGGUGUCGGAUGAGAUCGACAUCUGCGAGCCGGAUGCCGUUGUUGCGACGGCUUCUGGCCGCAGGCUGCGUGCCCGGGCAGCACAGGAGCCCAACCGCUUCGUGCCCGACGACCCAAUCUUCAAGGAGCAGUGGGGGAUGGCCAGCAUCGAUAUGCCCGAGGCCUGGGCCUUCCUGUCUGAGCAGCAGCAGGAGACGGCCAGUGGGGCCGACUCAGUGGGCAAAGGUACGGUGGUCGGGGUGAUUGACACCGGUGACUACACCCAUCCGGACCUCAAGGACGCCAUGUGGGUCAAUCAAGGCGAGAUCGCUGGCAACGGCAUCGAUGACGACGGUAGGGAUGCAGGGAGGGAGGGAGGGAGGAUGCAGGAAGGGACAUCCACACACACGAUCUGCAUGCAUUCCUGGGUCUGUAUGUGUCUGUGUGCAGGUAACGGCUUUGUUGAUGACAUUCACGGCUGGGCUUGGUGCGACGGAUCCGAGAACCCGCACAUUGGCGACGGCGAUCCUAUGGAUGAGGGUGGCCACGGCACUCACUGUGCAGGGACCAUAGCGGCGACUGCCAACAACCAGGAGGGCAUCGCAGGCGUGGCAUUUGGCAGAACCAAGAUCAUGGCACUCAAAUUCCUCUGCGGCCCGGUAAGUCGAGUAAACAUAGGGUCGCGAAGCGCUCAAAUCACAUGUCUGUGUGCGCCUGCAUCAGCUUGGUAAUGGGUACACUGCUGACUCGAUCCACGCGAUCAACUAUGCCGUUGCCAUGGGGGCCACACUAACAAGCAACAGCUGGGGCUACCUUGGGUUUACUGCAUACAGGGCGCUCGAGGAGGCCAUCAGGAAGGCAGAGGAGGCCAACAUGCUGUUCAUCGCCGCGGCUGGCAACGAAUACAACGACAAUGACGGCCCCAGGAAAGGCUACCCGGCAUCAUCUGAGCUGGACAGCAUCAUCAGCGUCGGCGCGGCGACUAAGGAAGGAGAGAAGGCGUGGUUCAGCAACUACGGCCUCGAGAGCGUUGACGUGUUUGCGCCGGGGACGAGAAUCGCCUCGACCGUGCCCAAUGGCAAGUAUGAGAAAAUGCAGGGCACCAGCAUGGCAACGCCAUUCGUCGCUGGUACGCAAGCACUGAGGACUGCUGUGUGAUACCCAUUAGACGAUCCACUCAAUCGCUGCUUUGUCUGUGACUUCAGGUUUGGCUGCCCUUCUGUGGUCGAUGGAUCCGGCGCAGAGCUAUCGCGACAUCAAGCAUCGCAUUCUGUCGACUUCCGAGAAGAUGGACUCGCUCGAGGGCCUGUGCGUCACGGGGGGCCAGGUCAACGCACUGAAGGCCGUCACGUGUGCCGAUUGCAAAUGGACCCCCACGGAGCUGCCGAUGGAGGAGUUCGCAUGGCAUCAGUGGGCCUUGCUGGGUGGAGGGGCUGCUGUCUUGUUCGUGGGUGUCCUGGUCACGUGUUAUUGCCUGUUCUCGCGAAAGACCAUCUAGCAGCCGAGGACCACAUAAGGGUCGCCCACGCCUACUGGCCGUGUUGGUGCAAGGCUGCCUGUUCUCCUUUUCCUGUCUGCAACUAGGCCAGUCGAUAUCUGUAUGCACACGUAUGUAUCUGUGUGGGUUGUGGGUGUGCGUGUGAAUGUGUGCAUGGUGGUGUACUGCUGUAUUGUAUUGUGUUCUAGCCUAGUGGGUGAGAGGUAUGUAUAGGUAGUUCUUCGUUCGUUCGUUUGUUCGUUCGCUGGUCGGCCGGCAGCGCCGCGCCACUCACUGCCACUCACCGCCACUCACUGUCUCGCGCAGCCUAGUCGGCUGCAUCUGCUCUUCGUGUGUGAAAUAGAUAGUUCUCUCUCUGAAUAGCCCUUGUUGUUUGUGUUAAUAUCAGUACCUAGCUAAGCCCUGGUCUACCGAGCUCUGACCUGAUAGCUCUGACCUGAUCUCAGUGCUUCGGUGUCUUUGUUGCUGUGCGUGUGCUCUGAUCUGAUCAUUCUCUGUCAAUAGCAAGUGACUGUGUGUAUGUGUGUGUGCCAUCUUCUCGCGUGAUCCGACCUGACCUGAGUGGCUCGUUGUCUGUGUUCGUGUGUGUGUGUGUGUGCUCUGAUAUGAUCAUUCUCUGUCAAUAGCAAGUGACUGCACUGCACACUGAUGAUGUGUAUGCGGCGUGAAUGGUAUGGGACGGGGAGGGGAGGGGAGGGGUGGUGGGAGAUGGGACGGAUAAGAGACCGACGAGAGACACAUGCGCACCACACAUGUAUACGUCAAGUGAAUGAUAUGAC